CGGUCACUCUGCCACGAGAAAUUUGUAUUAUUAUAACGUAAACGUCGCAAUCGGUUACAAAAUUCGAGGUAACGAUCGCUUUCGAAAGAAUAUUUGUGCAGAAACUUAACCGUGUUAAGUGCAUUUACUAGCCUAGCAAUAUGAGUAAACCUGGCAGUGCUCCUCCGCAGUUCACCUAUGUGCCGCCCCCAUCGGCCCCGCCCUCGUACCAGGAGGCGGUGGGCGGGGUGAAGCCCGUGGGUCCAUAUACGCCCGUUGUUGCGCCCGCCACCACGGCGAACACCACGAUUGUGACCACGGUGGUGCCCAUCAGCCGCACCUCGACGCACAUGAUCUGUCCAUCGUGCCACGCCGAGAUUGAGACGACCACGCGCACCGAGCCCGGAAUGAUUGCCUACUUGUCCGGCUUUUUGAUUGCCCUAUUCGGAUGCUGGCUGGGAUGCUGCCUGAUACCUUGCUGCAUUGAUGACUGCAUGGAUGUGCACCACUCGUGUCCCAAUUGUCGGGCGUAUUUGGGUCGCUAUCGCCGAUAGGAUCGAUGGGCUUAGCAGGAUCAUCGGAAUCCGGCGGAUCAGCGGAUUCGUGGUGUAGAGUUUUUACUUUAAGCAAGCGUUUUUGCCUUUAUUUAUUUAAUUGUAGUAAUGUCAUUUGGAUUCCACAGCGAAGGCAGUUGGAUCGGGCCAAGGCUUCCCUUAAUCUAACUUCUAGCUAACUCGCUAAAUUGCUCCGCCGUUUAUAUAUUUUGGUUCGCCCAAGUCCUAACUGUUACCUGUAUGUUUCUGCCACGCUAAAGAUAGUAAUUACGUGUACAUUAAAAGAAUAUCGAGCGCUUCGCGGACAGGACAACUACUACGUAAAAUUAAAUAACAAAUGCGCUUUUUAUAUACUGGCCUAAGUACGAGCUUUAACUUUUAAGACGCUUGUGUGUCCAAUUCGAAAACAGGCCCUUAAAUAUUCGCACAAAUUGUAAAUCGAUACAAGACCAGCUUGAGUUUUUUCGCACAUUGUUUGAUAAAUCAUUGUCUUUAAUAGAGUUUAGUCAAAAAGACAAAAUACCAGAUAUUUUUGUAACAAUUUGUAAAAGUCUUUAGCGAAAGUGCAUAUUGUAUACUAUGAAUGCUAAUCUCUGUAAUAAUCACCAAAUCUAAAUAAUUGACUUUUUAUUUUUAAAUAAAUCGUAAAAUGUCACUAAA